AGCUGCCGCGCAGUAAGCAGGAAGCCGCGGGCCCGCCGCACAUUGAUGCUCCUAGCAGGGAGCAGAGAAGGACGCGGGAGCGGAGCAGACGCGCCGGCACCGCCCGCCGGGGACGAGAAUGAGCGAGAAUGAGCCAGCGAGACACCCUGGUGCACCUGUUUGCUGGAGGAUGUGGAGGCACUGUUGGGGCCAUUCUGACUUGUCCACUAGAAGUUGUGAAAACACGGUUGCAAUCCUCUUCUAUAACUGUCUACAUCUCUGAAGUUCACCUCAACACUGUGAGUGGUGCUAGUGUCAAUCGAGUAACUAGAGUUUCCCCUGGACCUCUCCAUUGUUUGAAGAUGAUCCUGCAAAAAGAAGGUCCUCGUUCUCUCUUUAGAGGGCUAGGUCCUAAUUUGGUAGGCGUUGCUCCUUCCAGAGCAAUAUACUUUGGUGCUUACUCAAAUUGCAAGGAAAAGUUGAACAGUAUUUUUGAUCCAGAUACCAGCCAGGUACACAUGAUUUCAGCUGGAGUGGCAGGUUUUACUGCAAUCACAACAACCAAUCCUAUUUGGCUAAUAAAGACACGAUUACAGCUUGAUGCGAGGAAUCGUGGGGAAAAGCGAAUGAGUGCUUUUGAAUGUGUCAGAAAAGUCUAUCAGUCAGAUGGCAUUAAAGGCUUUUACAGAGGAAUGUCAGCAUCCUAUGCAGGCAUUUCUGAGACUGUUAUUCAUUUUGUUAUUUACGAAAGUAUUAAGCAAAAACUACUGGAAUAUAAGACUGCUUCUAGCAUGGACAAUGAGGAUGAAUGUGUGAAAGAAGCUUCAGACUUCGUUGGAAUGAUGAUGGCUGCUGCCACUUCCAAAACUUGUGCCACAUCCAUAGCAUAUCCACAUGAGGUUGUACGUACAAGACUACGAGAAGAGGGAACAAAAUACAGAUCUUUUUUCCAAACACUGUCUUUGCUUGUGCGAGAAGAAGGGUAUGGAUCCCUCUACCGUGGUCUAACUACACAUCUGAUCAGACAGAUUCCAAACACAGCUAUAAUGAUGUCAACCUAUGAAGUAGUAGUCUACUUACUCAAUGGAUAGCAAUAUAAUGAGGCUAUCCGUCAGAAAGUGGAAGACCAAAAGAUUGCAGUGGACCACCAAAUGUCAAUGCCAGUAUGGUGGGCAAAAGAAAAAUACUUAUCGGAAACAUGCAGCUAUGGACAAAAUAGAAGACUGAUUAUAGGCAGCCAUCAGUAAUUGUGUUGCCUUAUUGUAUGGUCUCUUUUGACUAUGUGAGGAGCUGCCCCAAGGGAAUGCCUUUAAACACCUCUGACUUCAAAAUUGCUAUUUUCUCUAUUUGUGUUAAUUUACAUGAGGCAAUACAGUGAGCUUCAGUGAUUUGGAGGGAUGAGGAUUACGUUCUAUUUAUUGUAAGAGCUAACCUUGUUCUACUCUUAGUGAUUGGUCUUCAGUACAGUUUUUUUACUGCACAGUAACCAGUUAGAAGGAACCAGUUAGGAGAAGAUUAAAGCAUGAAUUCAGAACUUUUCCCAUCUGAAACUUCUAAUCGAUUCCAUCUGAAGUAACUGCGGGAUUGGAUUCCAUCCAAUAAAGUAACUGAGGGUAGUGAUUGUGGUGUGUGGUUUUCCAUGUUACUACCUCAAUGAAUGUGGCACAGGGGCCUGGAAUUGAUGCGUUUUUAUCCCUACAAAAGAUAUAUUUCUUUUGGGAUUGAGGGUAUGGUGUAAGCUGUUUGUGCAAGAAGCUCUUGCUGUUUAAAUCUGCAGGGUGCCAGUCUUCUGGUUUGGGGGUACUUGGAUUUUCAGUUAUGCUGGGUCCUCCAUAUUUUCUUCAUCAGAAAAGUCCUCUCCCCUUCAGAAGCAAAACAUUGGCCAUACAAUGUAUUUGAUGUUGGAACAGAUCAUAGAUUCUCUUAAUCUGAUGUACAAUAUGUGACUUAUGCUACUAAAAGGAAUUACUGAGCAGUAAUUUUGUAGUGUCAUUAAAAAUUCUUAGCCAGUUGAUAAAUUCUAGCAAGCCUGACUUACUGCAUGUAAAGGCAGAAUAUCAAUGGUUCAGUCAAACAUAGCUAUAUGCUCCUUAACAGUAAGCUUUACUAUCCUAAAACGACUUCCUGCAAGCUUGGCCUAGAACUGUAAUACUUAAAGUACAAAGGGGAGAAGGUGGUGUGCUUCACCAGAUCCAAAGCUACAAUGAAGCAUGUGGUGGACAAAUUCUGGCAUAAUAAAAAGUUGGAGCUGUUGUAGAACAUUUUCGGUGAAGUCCCGGCUACGUACUCAGUGAUGGAGAAAAUGGUAAUUAAGAAUGUUUUGUUUAAGCAUUCCCCUUAAAAGUUGCUGUUUCCUUUCUUUCAACUCUAGGCUUUGCACAGAACUGCAGAUGACAGUAUAACUGCUCUCUAAAUUAUCUCAAUAUUCAAGCACUCAUUUUAAAAUGUUCUGUAAAACUGGUUACAGAACAGCACAUUGCAUUUGACAGCAAAUAUUUAACCUGGUGUACUUGUUCUGAAACUAGUUUCCAAAUCCAUACACCUGGAGUAUCAGAGAGUUUCAUGUUCUACCAAUGUUAUGUAGCUUUUCAAAUGCACAAUUAGGCCUUUCAUCUGCACCUUGAAUACUGUCCAAAAUGCCUAUAGCCCUUUGGAAUAAGAAGUUCAUUAUAAUUUUUCUACCUAUAAAAUGCAGCUACACUGGUAUAAUAAAGCAGUAUAGUUAAAUCCUCCAGUGUGGUACUUCAGCAUACUUAAACUGUGCAUUGGUGUGCAGUGGCUUUAACUUAUGAAUGACUCCUUAUGCACUUUGUGGCCUCUUUUUGGCUUGUGACUUUCUCCCUUUUAAGUAUUGGUCAUGUGUAGUUAGAAACAGAAAAAGUGUUCAGUACGCGCAGGUCCUUUUUAAACAAAGCAUAUGGUUUUAAUUUCCAUGUAAGCUGCGCAAGAUAAGAUAUUGUGUGCAGUAGAUUACUAAGAUCUAUCUUCCCAGUAGUUCUGAAGAUUUUUUUAUAAAAAGCUUGAAGCAUAUUGAACAACCAGUUUUGUUGUUGCUUUUUAUGUUGUUCAUUAUAAUAUCCUCCACCUCAUGGCAGAAAUAUUUCAAUACAUACUUGUGACUCUUAGUAUAAUAGCAUCUUGUAACACUUGCCACUCCUUCUGAGGGCUACCUAUGGAGCACAGUGACCACUGUGAUGUCCCUGCAAGAGAGAUGUCACAGUAUUGACGUGCUUUCCUUAGGAUACUGAGCAUUUUGUCAUCUUAAUAUUAAAGGUUUUCAUAUGUAAUAGGAAGCACACAUUAAACUAAAUUGGUAAUUGGUACAUUCAUAGCACAAGAAAUUACUUUAAAUAAAUCUAUUAAAUGGGGUAUUUACAGUGAUCUCCAGGGAGAAUCUGUUGCAUACCAUAAUACUUGCACCCUACUUUCCAGUUCCCAGCUCUGUGGUUGACUCCAUCAGAUCUUGCUGCUGUCACCAAAAUUCAAAUAAGACCAAAUGUGUAAAUGUUGUCAUGUAAAAGCCAAAAGACAAGUAAAGGCUACAAUAAACUACUUAUUAAAUUU